AUGCUUAUUCAAGACAUCUCUUACAUUUGUUGUUUGGAAGUGAAAAUAUUUUAUGUCAAGUCUUUAUACCUUGAAAGCUGUGACAUGGACAUAAUAAACGAGACAUUUGUGAAAGAAUUCAUUCUUCUGGGGCUCUCUGGUUACCCAAAACUUGAGGUGAUUUUCUCUGUUCUAAUUCUAGUUAUGUACCUAAUGAUUCUCACCGCCAAUGGUGUUCUCAUCAUAGUGAGCAUCUUUGAUUCCCGCCUUCACACCCCCAUGUACUUCUUCCUGGGCAACCUCUCCUUCCUCGAUAUCUGCUACACAUCUUCCUCUGUCCCCAUCAUUUUGGUGAGCUUAAUCUCAAAGAAAAGGAACAUUUCCUUCUCUGGAUGCGCAGUGCAGGUGUUCUUUGGGUUUGCAAUGGGAUCAACAGAGUGUCUGCUCCUCGGCAUGAUGGCUUUUGACCGCUACGUGGCCAUCUGUAACCCCCUGAGGUACCCCGUCGUCAUGAGCAGGGCGGUGUGUGCACUGAUGGCUUCUGUGUCCUGGCUCUCCGGAGGCCUCAACUCGAUUGUGCAGACGUCUCUUGCCAUGCAAUUGCCUUUCUGUGGGAACAAUGUCAUCAAUCACUUGGGAUGUGAGAUCCUAGCUGUCCUGAAGCUGGCCUGUGCUGACAUAUCCCUCAACAUUGUCACCAUGGUGAUAUCCAACGCGGUGUUCCUGGUCCUCCCGCUGCUGGCCAUCGCUUUCUCCUACGUGCUCAUCCUCUGCACUGUCCUGAGCUUGCACUCGGGCCCCGGGAGACGCAAGGCCUUCUCCACCUGCUCCGCACACCUGGCCGUGGUGGUCAUAUUUUACGGCACCAUCUUCUUCAUGUAUGCCAAGCCCAGGUCUCAAGAGCGGCCCGGGGGCGGCCAGCUGCAAGCUUCAGACAAGCUUGUUCCCCUGUUUUAUGGGGUGGUGACCCCCCUGCUAAACCCCAUCAUCUAUAGCUUGAGAAAUAACGAUGUAAAAGCUGCUGUGAAGUAUUUACUGAGUAAGAAAUCUGUUAACUGA